CAAUCACAACCCCCUCUCCCCCUCCAAAUCCUAUUAAUACCCACCAAAUCCCCUCCAAAUCCCCCCAUCUCCUCCUCCUCCUCCUCCUAAGCUCAAGCAAAGAUUCAUCCAUCGAUCCAACUGAUCCAAUCCAAACUCCAAAGGCAAAGCAAAGAAGGUCGCAUUCGAUUCGAUUCCAGCGAUGGCGGCGGUGAUGGUGGCGAGGCAGGGGAGGGAGCUGCAGAGGUACAGCGACAACACGGGGGGGAGGAUGGUGGUGGGGUGCAUCCCGUACAGGGUGAGGGGCGACGGCGGCGGGGUGGAGGUGCUCGUGAUCAGCUCGCAGAAGAAGGGCGCCGCCGCCGGCGACGUGGUGAUGUUCCCCAAGGGCGGGUGGGAGCUGGACGAGUCCGUGGACGAGGCGGCGCGGCGGGAGGCCCUGGAGGAGGCCGGGGUGCUCGGCGAGAUCGGCGCCUCGCUGGGGCGGUGGUGCUACCGGAGCCGCCGCUACGACGCCACCUACGAGGGCUUCGUCUUCCCGCUCCGGGUCACCGACGAGCUCGACCGGUGGCCGGAGAUGGCGGCCAGGCGCCGCAGCUGGGUCUCCCCGCAGCAGGCCAUGGACCGGUGCCCGCACUGGUGGAUGCGCGAGGCCCUCCAGCGAUUCGCCGACCUCUUCCCCCAACCCACGCCGUUGUCCCUCUUGUAGGCGGCGGCGCCGGCGGCGAGUUCGCCGGAGUUGAGAGCGAUGUAAUUAAUUUGCAACCUCACGGGUCACAAGAGAUUCGGCCAUGUAAAUCUCACCCUUAGUUAACACAUAAUUUUUUUUCGUGACAAGCAGAGAAAUUCAGAAUUCCAUUCGGAGCCAACCAAAAUUUGGCAAAUUUUCAAUUCGAUUGGGAUUUUUUUUUUGUCACUCGAGAGCUAAUUGAUCGAUUCCUCUUGUAAUUUGCAAA